AUGGGACUUUUCCACAAGCUCAGUGAAAAGCUCGGGAAUAGCAGCACCUCACAACAGCCCCCCAGAUCAAGACCCACCUACCAGCCAUACAACUCCAUCUAUACAGCUCCUGCUCAAGUCUAUGGGCAUCAGACAUACAAACCCAUGAGUCCGAGUCAGCAGGGCUUUGGAAAUUCAUAUUAUGCUCCUCAGCCUCCGCAGACUCUUCCCUAUCCAUGGACAGCAGAGUUCAACUCGACAUCCCAGCAAUACUAUGUGAACGCUCAGACUGCUCCUGCAGCUGCGGCGCCAAUUGCUGCAGCUUCCGUCGUCGCUCCUGUGCCGGAGGUUGAUCCCUACACAGCUUCUCAGCAGCAGCAAUUUGCCCGGGAGGACGAAAAGUGGACAGAGCUUGCACUCAUGAGCUGA